AUGAUGCCCAGCAUAAUGGCAUUAUAUUGGCCCCCCAUCCUGGUUCUUCACCUACUUCUGCUAUAUCCAGACAGAAAGGCAUUGGGAUGCCCUCCUCGAUGUGACUGUACACCCCAGAUUCGGUCAGUUAUUUGUCAUCGCAAACGCCUUUCUUCUAUCCCAGAAGGUAUACCCUCUGAGACCAGACUUUUGGACCUUAGCCGGAACCGUAUUCGAUGCCUCAAUCCUGGUGACUUUUCUCCAUACCCAUACCUGGAGGAAGUAGAUCUCAGUGAGAAUAUCAUUACUACCAUUGAGCCAGGGGCUUUUGCCAACCUUUUCUAUCUUCAGACCCUUAAACUAAAAGGUAACCAACUGAAGCUUCUUCCUACAGGGGUGUUCACCAAACUCAGCAAUCUAACUCUGCUGGACAUAAGUGAAAAUAAAAUUGUGAUUCUCCUAGACUUUAUGUUUCAGGACUUGAGGAAUUUAAAGAGCCUUGAAGUUGGUGAUAAUGAUCUCCUUUAUAUUUCUCAUAAAGCUUUCUCUGGCCUUGUAGGACUAGAAGAAUUGACUAUUGAAAAGUGCAAUCUAACUUCUAUCUCUGCCGAGUCACUGUCUUACUUGCAGGGUCUAGAAGUCCUGAGACUCAAACACCUAACCAUCAACUCCCUGGAGGAGCAAAAUUUUCAGAAGAUAUACAACCUCAAGGAACUAGAAUUAGACAGUUGGCCCUUGCUAGAGGAUGUUUGUCCUACUGCCUUUCAGGGGUUGAACCUCACUUCCCUUACUAUUACUUACACCAACCUCACCUCAGUGCCUGUGGCAGCCCUGAGGAGUCUGGUUUAUCUGGAAUAUCUAAACCUUUCCUACAACCCCAUCCGUGUCAUCCAGCGGGGUUCCUUCAGAGACCUUUUCAGACUCCGGGAGUUGUACAUAGUAGGUGCUUCUUUGACAUCAGUGGAAUCCCAGGCAUUCUUUGGGCUGCGUCAAAUUCGUCUACUCAAUGUAUCCAAAAACCUGCUGACAACACUGGAAGAGGGUGCCUUUCAAUCAGUCAAUACUCUAGAGACACUAAGAGUGGAUGCAAACCCUCUUGCCUGUGACUGCCGCCUACUGUGGAUCCUGCAACGUCGAAAGACACUCAACUUUGACGGCUACGAGCCAGUUUGUGCUUCUCCAGCUGAAAUCAAAGGCAAUAACUUACGUGAUUUCCCUGAUGCCAUAUUAUUUGAAUAUUUUACCUGCCAAAAGCCCAAGAUAAGGGAUAGAAAGCUGCAGCACAUUAUAGUGAAUGAAGGGCAGACUGUGUCCUUUCACUGUCGAGCAGAUGGUGAACCUGCCCCACACAUUAUUUGGGUCUCCCCACAACGAAGGAUAAUUACCAAUAGGAGUGUUGGAAGGUCCACUGCCCUCCCAGAAGGGACAUUAGAAAUUCGAAAUGUCCAGGUGCAAGAUAGUGGGACAUAUAUUUGCAUUGCCACUAAUGCUGGAGGUAAUGAUACUUAUUUUGCUACACUGACUGUCAAAGGAGACAGCUCCCAGUAUUCCAACCGGACAUUGUAUUUGUCAGAAUAUAAUGAUACUUCCCACAAUGACACUCAUGUAUUCUUAAAGUUUACUCUAGAUCUCAAGACCAUCCUAGUAUCAACAGCCAUGGGCUGUAUCACCUUUCUGGGGGUUGUCCUCUUCUGUUUCCUCCUCCUCUUUGUUUGGAGCAGAGGAAGAGGGCAACAUAAGAACAAUUUCUCUGUGGAGUACUCUUUUCGUAAAAUUGAUGGACCUGCCUCAGCUACUGGCCAGGGUGGAGCCCGGAAGUUCAACAUGAAAAUGAUUUGAAAGUUGAUAAAGUGUUCAUCCUGCAAUCCUUUUGACACUCUGGUUUCCUGUUAUCAAAUACAGAUGGUUAAAAGAAUGCUUCAUACAUAGCAUCCGCAACAACAUGGUCAUACAUAGAAUCCUCAACACCAUGACCAUGGCAUCAUAAUUCUUCCAGUGUUGUAAACCACAAGGGCUAUGGACAGGCUCUUCAAUAGUAGAUUUCCCUGACUAACUCCUUUUUUUCAUCUCACCACU